GCUACCUAAGUAUCGAUCAUCCAAUCACGUCGUCUUUGCUCUGUGUAACCACCAGUAUCUCCAUCGUUCUGCGUAACCUUGGCUUUCACUAUGAAUGUGACAAGCGAGCCCACCUUUAUCAACACCACCUCAGCGAAGACGAGUUUUACAGCGUCUGCCCUUGCCAAUAGCCAACUCCGCAAUGCCUCCCCAGCUCAUCGUUCUCGACGUCUCUGGCCGCGUGUACAGGACAAACAAAGCCACACUGCAAGCCUCCCCGUACUUCGAAAACCUCAUGACCAGGUGGGACGACUGCAGCGAUCGACAAGAUGACGGUUCAUUUUUCGUCGAUGCUGAUCCACAUACAUUCCAGCACGUACUCAAUUUCAUGCGGCGACCGUCCAAGUUUCCGCUGUUCUGGACGAAAGAGACAGGGUUUGACUAUGCGCUCUACAACAAACUCGAAGCUGAAGCAGAUUACUUCCUUCUCCACGAGCUCCGCGACUGGAUCAGGGAGAAACGCUACCUCGAGGCUUUCAGAACGGUGGUCGAAGUCAAGGCGAUGACUGAGGACCAACUUGUGACCCAGAAAAUACUCGGCACGGAUGUUGAGGUCCAGAGUUUCUUUGGUAACUACGUGGGGAAGGAGCGAGUUUGCGGCGCGUGCAGAUGUAACAUCGACCUAGGGUUCAAAUAUGGCUGCGAUGCUUGCCGUGAGAGAAUGAAGUCUCCCAAAUCACAGUUGGAUAAUACACAGACAAAACUCACUGUCGUGACUAAGUGGACCGAGUUCGAUGCGACUGCGUGCGAUAACAAAACGGGUUCUUGAUGCCUAGAGGAACAAGUACGCGACCUGAACGUUAUACGAGACUGAGCUGGGUAAUUGGGUACGCAACAAUCCUGCAUCGCAGUCCUCAUUGAACACAUCCACGCUUGUGCCUGGAACGCAGCAGCUAACAAACCAUAUCAGACUCGCUACUCCCAAACGCAACUCAGACAUUGAGGCCUCUACCUGUACCAAUUCGCUUUGCCGCGUUCUACCAGAUCUUCCCUUACCGUGAAAGCACAAG